ACUGCCGCCCAGCUGGAGGGACGCUGGUUAGCUUCACUCUCUGUUGUAACCGGCUAGUUAUGUGAAAUAGCGGAUUGUUAUACGAACGUAAAUAUGCAAGCAUUUGCUCCAAACUGCGCCACCGGUUGAGACUUCUCUGAGUGUAAGUAAACUAACCAGCUAUACCGCCCUACCUGCCUCUCUCCGGUCGCGUUCAGUUCCUCACCUCCGAUAUCGGGUGUCUUAAUGGCGGACGCAAAGGAACCAGCCCCGGCGAGCGUGGAGGAGGAGACGGACAGUAUAAACGACGCAGAGCUGGCGCUGAAGGGAAUCAACAUGCUGCUCAACAAUGGAUUCAAAGAGAGCGACGAGCUCUUCAGAACAUACAGGAACCACAGUCCUUUGAUGAGUUUCGGUGCAAGUUUUGUGAGUUUUCUGAACGCCAUGAUGACUUUUGAAGAGGAGAAAAUGCAAAUGGCUUUUGAAGACCUCAAGGCUACAGAGAGACUGUGUGAGAGUGAAAACAUGGGUGUCAUUGAGACCAUUAAAAGCAAGAUCAAGCGCAAUAUGGACUCUCAGAGGUCAGGGGUGGCUGCAGUGGAUCGACUCCAGAGGCAGAUCAUCAUUGCAGACUGCCAGGUUUACCUGGCGGUUCUAUCUUUUAUCAAACAAGAGCUGUCAUCAUAUAUCAAAGGAGGCUGGAUCCUCCGUAAAGCUUGGAAGAUGUACAACAAAUGUUACAACGACAUCACACGUCUACAAGAAGGCAGCAGGAGGAGGGGCUCUGAACAGCAAGCGACGCCGUCUUCAUCGUCCGGCUCUGCUCUGUCCCACCACAGUCGCUCUCCCUCACCCGGGUCAAGUCCAUCACAGAGACUAGAUGGCAUCAGCCCCGAGGCUCUGGAUCGGCUGAAAGGUUCAGUCAGUUUUGGUUAUGGCCUUUUCCACCUAUGUAUAUCGAUGGUGCCACCGCACCUACUGAAGAUCGUCAAUCUGCUGGGCUUCCCCGGAGACCGCCAUCAGGGCCUGUCAGCACUCACUUACGCCAGUGAAAGUAAGGACAUGAAGGCCCCCUUAGCUACCUUGGCUCUGUUGUGGUACCACACAGUAGUGCAGCCCUUCUUUGCUCUGGAUGGCACAGACACACAGUCAGGCCUAAUGGAAGCCAAAUACAUUCUUAAACAAAGAGAGGCUAUUUAUCCCAACUCCUCCCUCUUUAUGUUUUUCAAAGGCAGAGUUCAACGCCUUGAGUGCGAGAUCAGUAGUGCCUUGAGGUCCUUCAGUAGUGCCUUGGAUCUGGCCUCUGACCAAAGGGAAAUUCAGCACGUUUGUUUAUAUGAAAUAGGCUGGUGCAGCAUGAUCGAACUGAACUACAGAGAAGCCUACAGAGCGUUUGACAGAUUGGCGACUGAAUCUCGCUGGUCCCAGUGCUAUUACGCCUAUUUAACUGGAGUGUGCCAAGGAGCCACUGGUGAUCUGGAAGGAGCCGUUGCUGUUUUCAAAGAUGUUCAAAAACUUUUCAAACGCAAGAAUAAUCAGAUAGAAAUGUUUUCCAUGAAAAGGUCUGAGAAGCUAAAGAGCUCCAGUAUAUCCAAAGAACUCUGCAUCCUAUCAGUGAUUGAGAUUCUGUAUCUGUGGAAAGCUCUGCCCAAUUGCUCCAAUGCCAAGCUGCAGGCGAUGGCCCAAGUGUUACAGGGGAUUGACGACACCUCGUGUGCAGGCCUGAAAAACCUCCUUCUUGGUGCCAUAAGCAAAUGUCUACAUAAUACCAAAGAUGCCAUUCAGCAUUUCCAGCUGGCUGCAAGGGAUGAGGGGGGGCGUCUGAGCAACUCUUAUGUGCAGCCCUACUCUUGCUAUGAACUGGCCUGUGUGCUGCUGAAUUCCCCAGAGUCUGCGGGGAAGGGCCGAAUGCUAAUGCUUCAGGCCAAGGAGGACUACGCUGGCUAUGACUUUGAGAACCGACUCCACGUUCGUAUUCAUUCAGCUCUCGCCUCUAUGACGGCCUCCGCCCAGCCUUGAAGUUUAAUCUGUAAUAAAUGUCUUUGAAAAAGCCACAAUAAUGAGUAUGGAUAUUUUCACUUUAAAAUAAUUUCUUUAUACUUAUAAGAUUCUGAGCCAGUGCAUCAUUUAGAACACAAACAUGAAUAUUUCACAAGAAAACAGGUACAAGAGGUGUUAUCGAUCUGUUACUGUACGGCACAAUACACUAAUGUUUGUUUUUGUCUUCGGGGUUCGUUUUAAAACUAGAUGCCUGUUGAAUUGAAUGAAAACCCGUAGAUUUAUUUUGUAAGAUCUUAGGCAUUAUUGCUUACACGGAGGAAAUGUUUCUUCAGAUUCUGUAAAGGCACAUAUCAAGUAUUAAGCAUCAAAGCAAUUACAAGAAAUGACUCUGAAAAUGUCUUUAAGAAGCCAAUAUUUCCACUUCAGUGUUGGUUGUUGACUUUGACAUUUGUAAAGCUAAUCUAUAGGCAGUGUAGUAAUCUUUUUUUUUUGUUUGUUUUUUUUUAAAGCACAGCCCCUUUUUAAGCAGUCGUUUUUAUCAGUGUAAAUAUGUCUUGCAUAAAGGUUUUAAUAAAUGUGCCACUUUGAGCGGCUUAAAUGCACAACGCUCCUUUCUGCUGCAAAGUUUUUCCUGUAUAUUUGUUAUAAUAAAAACA